AUGGGCACAGCCUGGGGCAGCAGUUCUAGCCCCGGGGCCCCGCGCCUGCUGGGCCUGGCGCUGUGCGCCGCCGCCGCGCUGCUCCUGCGGGGCCCGGGCCGCGCAGCCGCCUACUUCCCGGAGGAACGCUGGAGCCCGGAGUCUUCGCUGCAGGCGCCGCGGGUCCUCAUCGCGCUGAUCGCCCGGAAUGCGGCCCACGCUCUGCCCUCGACUCUGGGCGCUCUGGAGAGGCUGCGGCACCCGCGGGACCGGACCGCUCUGUGGGUGGCUACGGACCACAACCUGGACAACACUUCGGCGGUGCUGCGGGAGUGGCUGGUGGGCGUAAAGAGCCUGUAUCACUUCGUGGAGUGGCGGCCCAUGGAAGAGCCCAGGUCCUACCCUGAUGAGGAGGGCCCCAAACACUGGUCCAAUUCUCGCUAUGAGCAUGUGAUGAAGCUCAGACAGGCAGCUCUGAAAUCAGCCCGGGAUAUGUGGGCAGACUACAUCCUGUUUCUGGACGCGGAUAAUCUCCUGAUAAACCCAGACACUCUGUCCCUGCUGAUCGCAGAGAACAAGACAGUCGUAGCUCCCAUGCUGGACUCCAGAGCUGCCUAUUCCAAUUUCUGGUGUGGGAUGACUUCUCAGGGCUAUUACAAACGAACCCCUGCGUACAUACCCAUCAGGAGGCGGGAUCGCCGGGGCUGCUUUGCUGUUCCCAUGGUGCAUUCCACCUUUCUGAUAGAUCUACGGAAAGAGGCCUCUCGGGAGCUCGCCUUCUAUCCCCCACACCCUGAUUACACCUGGUCCUUCGAUGACAUCAUUGUCUUUGCUUUCUCCUGUAAGCAAGCAGAAAUACAGAUGUUUGUCUGCAACAAGGAGGUCUACGGCUUCCUCCCAGUGCCGCUGAGGGCCCACAGCAGCCUUCGAGAUGAGGCGGAGAGCUUCAUGCAUGCCCAGCUCGAGGUCAUGGUAAAGUAUCCUCCAGUGGAACCGUCACGUUUUACCUCUGCCCAGGCCAAGGUACCCGAUAAGAUGGGCUUUGAUGAGGUCUUCAUGAUUAAUCUCAAGCGGCGACUGGACAGACGUGAGCGUAUGCUAAGGACUCUCCACGAGCAGGAGAUUGAAUGCAAAAUUGUUGAUGCAAUAGAUGGAAGAGCCAUGAAUACAAGCCAAGUGGAAGCCCUGGGGAUUCGGAUGCUGCCGGGUUAUCAGGACCCCUACCAUGGCCGCCCACUCACCAAGGGAGAACUGGGCUGCUUCCUCAGUCACCAUCAGAUCUGGAAGGAGGUUGUGGAGCGAGGCCUGGAGAAAUCUCUUGUGUUUGAGGACGACCUCCGCUUUGAGAUUUUCUUCAAAAGGCGCCUGAUGAAUCUGAUGUAUGACAUCGAGGAAGAAGGUCUGGAGUGGGACUUGAUCUACGUGGGCAGGAAGCGGAUGCAAGUGGAGCACCCCGAGAAGGCGGUACCACAUGUUCGGAACCUGGUAGAAGCCGACUAUUCCUACUGGACCCUGGCCUACGUCAUCUCCCUCCAGGGAGCGCAGAAGCUGCUGGCUGCCCAGCCUCUCUCCAAGAUGCUGCCGGUGGACGAGUUCCUGCCGGUGAUGUUUGAUAAACACCCCGUCUCUGACUACAAAGAACACUUUGAGAAGCGAGACCUGCUGGCCUUCUCAGUGGAGCCCCUCCUUGUGUAUCCCACCCAUUACACGGGAGACGAUGGCUACAUCAGUGACACGGAGACCUCCGUUGUGUGGAACAAUGAAAAGGUGAAGACAGACUGGGAUCGAGCAAAGUCCCAGAAAAUGAAGGAGCAGCAGGAGCUGAGCAAGGAGGCCAAGAACUCGGAUGUUUUACAGUCCCCUCUGGACAGCACAGCCCGAGAUGAGCUGUGAACCCACCAAGCUGGGUUCCGGAAGCCCCGAGGGUCCGGCAGCUAUUGGGAGCUUGGGGUGGGCACGGCGGGGAGGGAGGGAGAAAGGGAUCUGGGAUGGAGCCCAGGCCACAGGAAAGGAGCACCCGGCACCAGGAUUGCCCCCCACUGGCACCUCAGGCUCUGGGGAAGACGCAUCCCGAGUUCUAGGAAGAGCCCUGUGCGCCAUUUGAGGGAAGCGUGGUGGCGUGGGCGCGCAGUGGGAGCUUAAUAAAUACAUAACUGAUUGAUCCUGCAGUGUGCCCUGCUGGAGAAUGUUCUCAUCUUCCUUUGCUUCAAGAUCUUGAGAUCUGAGAACCUGGAAGAGGAUGCCUGUAAAGAGGUUUGGCGUAUUUAAAAAAUAAAUAAAUCAAUCUUUUUGAGGUUUCUCACACCAGAAAAACCUGCGGAGACCGUUUAGCCUCCAAGUGGUCAGUGGGAACAGCUUGCAGCAAAACGCCUCAUUUCCACCAAAGUCUGCCAUGGGUUCUUCUAGUCCUAGAGCUUUUCUGAAGGUCAGAAAGCCACCUUUUUCAGCCAGGCUUUGACCCCUUGAGGACCAUCAGGAUGCUGGCCGGUCAGCCUGAUUUUCCGCCCUGGCAUUCACCAUUACUCAGGUGACCCUUUUGGUCUGGCUCAGGUAUAAUAUAGAUGCUUAUCGGGGGAUGACUGAGUUGCUCUGAUAUGAGGGGGUUGUCCGGCAGGCCUUGCAGCUGGCAGUGUGGCUGAAGGGGCCCCCUCUGGGGGAGAGCUCUGGGCAGUGGCACCUUCCCACCCCCUCUGCCCUCAUGGAUUUAUGGUGACAUUAGCUUGUGACCAAAAACCAUCUUAAAACUAAAAUUGAAUUUCUGCUCUAUGGGAAAAGAUUGGUCUUAUCAUUGCCAAAGUCUGAGGUCUGUUGUAACUUUCAGUCCUCUGAUCCUCGGUUUCCUUUGCCCUCCUUACUUGUAGAACUGGCUCAUCUUUUCUUUUCUGGGGGCUGCCCACCCUCUUCUCUUUGCUCUCAGCCAGCUCAGUGGAACGAGAGCAGAGGCUUCAUUCAUCUACUGGUUUCUAAGAUCUUGGAGGGUAAUAGUCUAUGGUUUUUUUUCCUGUUUCUUCACUUCUUUGUUACUUUCUUGACCUAUCAGUCACCAGAAAUGUGGAGGGUGAUGUUCUCUCUGGACUUUUGAGCAUAUGGCCCUUC